GCUCGUGAAAAUAUUGUUAGGGCACAACCUUCCUUUAUAGAACUUGUCGCACCUGAUAACUUCCUGAACCGUGGAGAUACAAAGAUAUGGCGUUAGAAGCUGUUGCUCCAGCAUGCCUUCUAGCAGUUAUAUAGCAGCUUCUCUUUGCUGUAUAUCUAGAUGCCCAGGCGAAAGUGUCUCUCUCAAACCCCCCCUCCCUUUCGUUGACAGCUAUGUCUUCCCUACUACGCUACUUUCCCUUGAGGAAGAAUGUCGACGGUUCACUGUCUGACAUUGCUUCAGCUUCGGGGAAGGUGCAGGACCCAGCGGACGAGAAUAAUGCUACUAAGGAGUAUGCUCCGACAGUCGAGGAAGUAUCUUCGGUAGAACCUUUAGAACCUACUAACACUGUAGAUCCUGACCUGAACCCGGGAAAUUUGACCCUUGAAGAGGAUGCUGCCGGUGGCAUGGGACGCCAUCUUGGCGUGUUCAGUUGUACGAUGCUUAUCGUCGGUCGUAUCAUCGGCACUGGUGUAUUCUCUACGCCAUCCUCAAUCUUAGGCUCUGUCGGUUCAGUCGGAGCCUCUCUCAUGCUUUGGGUUCUGGGCUUCAUUCUAUCAUUCUGUGGACUAUUCAUUUGGCUCGAGUAUGGCACUAUGUUUCCCAGAAGUGGUGGAGAAAAGGUUUACCUUGAAGCCGUCUACAAGAAACCUCGUUCAUUGGCAACUGUCAUCUUCGCUGCAAAUGCCAUUUUACUCGGAUUCAGUGCAUCUAAUUGUAUUGUCUUCGCUAGCAACAUUCUGGUUGCCGCCGAUCAACCUGCCGGCCGUUGGGAAACGCGAGGAAUUGCACUUGGCGUAAUCUCCUUCGUCACCCUUCUGCACGGUUUGACGCCACGAUUGGGAGUCUAUGUGAUGAAUGGGCUAAGUGUUUUCAAGAUCGCCAUUCUCGUUUUCUUGGUGGUCACAGGAUGGGUCGUUCUCUCUGGUCAUACUCACAUUCAGGACCCUCAUGUCAACUUCCGCAACGCCUUCGCUGGUAGUUCUCGCAGCAGUAAUGACUACGCAACCGCGAUGUUCAAGGUCCUUUUCGCCUACGAUGGAUGGUCCAACGUGAAUUACAUCCUCAAUAACGUUAAGAACCCGGUCAGAACUCUCAAGAUUGCCGGGCCUCUUGGUCUUGGAAUCUGCGCGGUUCUAUACCUGCUUGCUAAUGUGGCGUACUUCGCCGCUGCAUCAAAGGAAGAGAUCAUGAACAGUGGAGUAACGGUUGCUUCGUUAUUCUUCGGCAAAGUAUUUGGUCCUCAGGCACAGAGAGCAUUGACGGUCUUCGUGGCUUUGAGCGCAUUAGGGUCAGUUCUAUCGAAGAAACGACUCACCUUCAGACUGACUUUUACUUCCCUAUCAUUUGAUGUACAGGAAUGUUAUCACAGUUGUAUGAUGUUUCACUCUUUUGUAUACCAAACCAGUCGCCUGAGUUUCAUUCCCCAGAGUUUUGCUGCCGCUCGGAUUAACCAAGAACUAGCCAAGGAGGGUAUUCCACUGCCUUUCGGAAAUCGCGCAUGGGCUUCUAAUUGGCCGACGCGCAAGGCUCCCAUGCCAGGCUUGAUCGUUCACUUGAUUCCUUCGCUCAUUGUCAUCAUUGCACCUCCUCCAACAGUCGCAUACCCGUUUAUCCUUGAUGUUCAAGGCUACCCACAGCAGAUCAUCAAUUUCUUUAUAGUCACUGGAUUAUUCUGGUUACGAUGGCGUAAACCUCAUGCCGUACGUCCCUUCAAAGUAUGGUGGCCACUAGCAAUUUUCUUCCUGGCUGCUUCAACAUUCUUGCUCGUUGCACCAUUCAUCAGGCCGUCAAACGGUGUGGGUGACACACCACCCCUGCCUUAUUACCUAUACUGUCUUGUCGGAAUUGCGGUCAUGUUUGUUGGCAUUCUCUACUGGGCCGGAUGGCGAAUCCUCCUACCAAGAGUGUUUGGAUAUGAACUUGUACCGAGGAAAGAAGCUCUCAAUGACGGCACCAUUAUCACAUUGUUUUCUCGCCGGAAGGUUCAGAAGACAUCAUAGUAGGGAGUCCGGUUGCUUCGCAAAUCCCUAUCGUUUGAACAUGCGUGACGCGGCAGGUUUCUAAUACAUGGAGUUGAUUCAA